AUGUCUCCAUCCAAUAGAAGCGCCAAUCUUGCUCGAAUCCGCGACAACCAACGUCGCUCUCGUGCCCGCAAGAAGGAGUACGUCCAGGAGCUGGAGAACCGCAUUCGCAAAUACGAGCUCCAUGGCGUCGAGGCCACCACGGAAGUCCAAGUCGCAGCUCGUCGCGUCGCCAGCGAAAACAAGAAGCUCCGCGCGCUGCUCCACCAGAAUGGUGUUCGCGACGACAACAUCGAAGCCUACCUGUACAGCGCAACCACCCCGCCACUGGAAGGUUCUCCGACGGGAAGAGGGAUCGGUCCGGGCCAGUCCGUCAACAGGCUCGAGCAGCUUCUUCUCCCGAGGCGGCUGUCAUGCGCUAGUUUGAGUGUUCCGUUGCCUUCGCCGCAGGGGAGGUCGAGUAGGGAACCCUCGGUCGCUAGCGACUCGGCUGGCCACUCAUCCGGCACUUGGGAGCCAGGCCCAGCCAGUUCGACGACUGGCGCGAGUCCCAUCAGCGGCGGCGUCGCGACUUCGCCUCUUCCGAGACCGGCGCCUCAGCAACAUGCCCCGAUGCAAAUCCCAUCCUCUCGGCCUCAGCAAGUUGGUAGUUUCGGCAUCGAGGUGACACAACCUAGCAACAGUUUCUCGUCCUAUGAGACCAACUACGAGUCUGCGAUACCGCUGCCCUACCUCCAAUUACCAUCGCCGCCUAAUCAGCAGAUCGGCACAUGUUUAAACUCACCUCCCCUUGAGUUUUCAAGGCGAGGCGUCCUGGUGUUAUCUAACAGAGGUUUCGAUCGUAUUUACCAACACAUUAUCGGCAAGUCAAGUCAAAACAAGAUUCUCAUGGCAGUGGUGUUGAUGGACCAUGGCCGGGGGUCUAGGACGACCGGUCUAGUCAAGCCCAAGCGCCCGGAGCAACCGCCGCUCUCGUCGUCCGUCGACUAUGGCAUCAAUCGAAUGUCCGAGCUCGAGAAAUUCGACGUCGAAAAUGCUUGCCGCAUCUUUUACGACCUGAUCAAAUCGGCGCUGGCCCAUUGGGAAACCUCCAAAGCAGCAUGGCAAAACUUUGUCGACAUCCUAGAAUGGAACAAGAGCAAAAUGACGUCCAGCGAGCUGGGGGCCUUGGCCCAUCCAUUGAGAGAGGACGUGGAGCAUUACCUGGAGCGAGCUUGGCGUUCUCUCGAUACUGCCACCGAGAUCCUGGCGCGCGUUGCAUCUCUUCAACCAACCUUGGAAGAGGAUCUCAACAAGGGAGUUAUACGAGAGCAGCAGCAAUAUUACCUGUUAAUGGGAAGUCAUUGGACGAGAUGCCUCAGACAGAUGUCAAACGAAAUGGAUGGAAUGCCGAGCUUCUACGGCGACUUUUCCGACAUACCACCGAAGAUUGAUAUCUUGUUUUGGUCGACCAUGGCAUCGCGAUAUUACCAUCGCAAAAUUCAGACCGCGAAGCUCGACAAGAAGUACAGCCGGUAUUGGAUGGAUCGAUACGAUAAGUUCGUAAAUUAUGAGCCUGCUGAUCCCAGACCGGAUAAAGACCCCCCAGAUGGGGAAGACGUUAUCAUGGAAGACAGUCCAGAGGACGGCCCGGCGUGGGAGACUGAUGAUGAAGUUAAGAAGGCGGACGGGUCAACAGCGUCUGUUAAACGCCGGCGCCCCAACUUUGCCCUUACGAAACGGACCCACCUCACGCAACCGAGCCAAUAUGGUCACGGGGAGUUUGAAAAAUUCUGUGACAAGUUGCCCUGGAACAAAGUCGUGAAGAAGAGGAAAGAAAACCAAGACCCGGAAGACGCGAAGAGGAAGAAAGAACACGGAGAAGACCCAAACCCGGACCCAGGAGCUUACGUACCAGCAGGGGAUUAUAUCCCAGUCCUGCCUCCCAUACCACCAAAUAGGACCGAGGAAGAUAAUUUCUUGUUUUACUUUCGAGAUGCCGGCGAUAAGGGCCAGGAUGAGUACGAGGAAGCUCUGCGACUAGGGCCGGCCGAAGCUGCCGCCCCAGAAGAAGACGGAGAUGACGGUCCGAAGAAGAAGCGGCGCAAAGUAGAGACGCCCGUUCCAAAAGACAAUGCCGCCCUCUGGGAAGAGUUUUGGAGGAAGGACGCCGCCAGCUUCCUGUACCAGGCCUCGCACCAGACGACUUUGCCGGGGUUCCCAGAGUUCGAUGUUAGAGCCUGGACGCGCUCAAGGGCCGGUCGCCCAGGAUCCAAGGUCUCACAACUAAAGAGCUCGGACAUACCGCCACCUCUUCCUUUGCUCCGGCUUCGGAGCAAAAAGCGUGGAGCUAAGAAGCCUGAGACAGACCAGCCACCAGCGUCUAAAGACAAGCAGCCUACGAUCUUUACUAAGUUUGACCUCGAGUACUGGCUAGAAAGAAUUAACCGGGUUCCCAGACGCAUUGGAAGAAGCAGGUGUUGGGUGGUUUAA